AGGAUCGAGCAUGUCCUCCCUGCCAGUGAACAGGGGGAAGCGUGCAUCAUCAUGCAGAUCGUGGAGAUCGUGGCGAAUGUGGUAAUCGUGGGCCUUCUCCUGGGACCCGUGUGGACGCGCAACAUGCCCUGCUACGAGGAGGAGGAGCUGAGUGAGAUAGCCAAGAAGAAGCUGGUGAAUUACCCGCAGCCCCCGGAGCCUCUAGGCGAGGUGGCCCAUGACACCGGUUCCUCCAGCUCCCUAGACCUCUGCAUGAAGUACGUGGGGCAACCAGUGCGGAACGGCCCAACUAACGACAGGUCCCUGUCGCCAUGGCGAUACGUGCGGAAAACCAUGGAGAAUCACUAUCCCUCCAGCUACAUCGAAGCUCAGUGUCUGUGCUCAGGCUGCAUCAUUAUAGAGAACGGGGUCCACAAAUUGAGCCACGACUACAACUCCGUCCCCAUUCCGCAGAGUCGAGUGUUUCUGAAGAGGGAGCUCUGCAGCGAAGGACAUGGGUACUAUCUGAAGCCUGUCUCUGUAGAAGUAGUUAUCGGCUGCACAUGUGCCACACCCCGCAUCUUUUCCUAGGGGACCCCGUGUAGGACCACCUUGUCUUUUACAAUUCCAGCAUGACCGAUAGGGUUCCAGAACUGUGUUGGCUUACGGGCAUUGGCUUUCUCUUUACAAUCAUUAGUCAGACGUCAGAAGCUCAAAGUUGCAUCAUCCUUUAUUUAUUGGCCUAUUUAUUUAUUUAUGCCAUGUUUACAGUACUGCAUUGUGUGUAGUGCAGUGUGUAUUUCAAUUAGAGCAGUUUUUCAUGUUGAAAUUUCAAGUGCAUAUAUUUUCAUUUGUUCUGUUCAGCAAGGGUUAGCUGAUUCACGAGUGAAUGAAGAAGAUCUGACAGCCUAAAAUUUCUAUUUAUUUAUCUAUGCUGAUAUUGUCCCAGUGGGAAUUGUUCCUGUCAAACAGGA